AUGAAAUACCAGUUAUUUAUUGCCCUCAUUGUUUUGUUGAAUGUUUGCUUUAGCUACCUUAUAAAGAAGAACAAUAUUAUUAUAAAUAAUAAUGAUACUUUUUAUAUUUGUAAUUUUGUAAAAGAUAAAAAAGGAAGAAGAAAAUAUAAUAAUAACUAUAAUAAGAAAACUCUCAAUGGAAUAAAAAGUAUUGUUAAUUCAGGAUGUGUAAAUCAAGAUGUUAUGAAAAAUGUUGAUGAGGCUUAUGAGGGAAAGAAAAAUUUAAUAGAAGGGAAUGAUUUGCAAAAAAAAUUCUUACAAGCAUCAAAAGAAGAUGAUUAUAAUUAUUUAUAUUUUUAUCAUAUAUAUAAAAAAAUGAAAUUAAUAAAAAGAGAAAAAUAUAUAUAUAACCCAACAAAAUAUGAAUCGGUACGAUCAUAUAUAAAAAGAGAAUUAAAAGAUUGUUUAGAUGUAAAUACAUCAGCUUAUAUUUUUAAACUUUCUGAAUUUUAUUCAAAAAAUGUAUUAGAAGUAUCUGUUUAUGUUAAUGAAAUAAUAAAUAUUCUUAGUUUUUUUACUUUUAAUAGUGAACAUAAUUUAAAAUAUAAUGAAAAAGAGGAAAAUCAAAACACAACAAAUGACAUAUUAGAUUAUAAUAAGAAAUGUGUUAGUGAUGACAUGGAUGAUAACGUUAUUCAUAGUACUCAUAAUAAUUCUUUGAAUAAUCAAAAUAAAGCAGACACGUUAGUAUAUGAUACUACUACAAUUAAGGAUUCUAAUAAUAAUAAUGAUGAUGAUGAAAAUUAUAAUUAUAAUUAUUAUGUACGUGAUAAUAUAGAGGAUGAUCAUAUACAUACAGACGACAAUAAAGAUCAUUCAGAUAUCUAUCCAGAUAAUAAAAUAUUGUUAGAAGAUGAUAAGAAAAAAAUUUCAAAUGAAAAAAAUUUUUAUGACCAGGAAAAAAUAAAUAAUAUAAUUGAAAAGACAAAAGAACAAUACAAUUGCAAUGAACAUAAUUUAAAUGAUGAUGAUAAUAUUUUUAAAAAAUAUAAUGAAAAUCAAUCGAAAAUGAAAUUUAGUAAAUUAAUUAAUAAAGAUGAAAAAUAUAAAUCAUUUUGCUUUUAUUUUAUUCGACUAGUUGAUUCAAUUAGUGGACUUUUUUGUACUAUUGCAAAAAGAAAGAAACGGGAAGAAAUUUUGAACUUUUUAAAAAAUUUAAAAAUUAUACAAAAUAUUAAAAACUAUAAUAUAAAUAAUUUACAUUUCGAUACUAAUUUUAUGAUUUAUAUUAUCAGAUUAACAAAAUAUAAAGAUAUGAAUUUUCUUUGCUCCUUAAAAAAAUUAAAAGAAUAUAAAACCGAAGAUAUAAAAAAAAUAUUCCUUAAUUGCUUAUAUGAUAAUUUACUCGAUCUAUAUUAUUUAAAAAAUCUACAAGACGAUUUUAUCAAAAGGGAAAAUGAAAAAAAAAAAAAAAAAAACGCCUUAACAAGUCAGGUAUUUUCAAAUUCUUUUCAUACGAUUAAUAAAAAUGGAACAGAUGAUAAUACAUAUGUUACUACAAAUAUUAAAUAUGAGAAUUUAAGAAAAAUAGAAGAACAAUAUAAUGAUUUAUUAAAACAGUAUUCCCAUGAAAAAAUUAUUAAAAAUAAUGAAAUCAUUUGUAAUGAAAAGGAUUUGAAAAAUAUUAUAAUACAAAUUUUGAAUAAAGAUAUUUUUAAAAAUAAGAAAAAAAUAAUAAAUAAUAUGAACAAUGGUACUAAUAAAAAUUUGGCUAGUCAAAGUGGGAAUCAUAAAAAAAAAAAAAAAAAUAAAAUAGCUACAAGUACUACAAACAUGAAUAAUAUUUCUCUAAUUGAUAUAUUUGAAAUAACAGAGGACAACUUAUAUGACAUUUUGAAAAAUUAUCCACAUUUAGAAAUAAAUAAUAAUAAUAAUAUUAAGAUGCUAAUAAAAAAAAUGAAUAAAUUACUUGAAUCAUACAAUAUUAAUAUAAAUAUUCAUUUGGUCAAAAAGGACAAAAUGUGUGUGCAAGAACAUAACACUCUUCCAUAUUCUAAUGAAAAUAAAAUUGAAGAGCAAAACAAAAUAAAUGAAAAAAAAAACAAAAAUAUUGAAAAGAAUGAAGAAUAUAAGAACACUGAACCAUCUAAUGUAAAGGAUGUAAAUUUUAGUAAUGUUUCCUUGUCAGAUAUUAAAAAAUAUAUAUCUUACAAAAGAAGCAUAGAAGAACAAUUUAGAGAUUAUCAAGUUGAUGAAUUAAAAUUAAAUAAUAUAAAAGAACAAGAGCAAAAUAAAAAAUUGGAAAGUGAAACAAUAAAUGUUAAAUUAAAUGAAAUUAAUAACAACAAAUUAGAGAACAACGUGCAGUUGAAAAAUGAACACAUAAAUGCUCAAAGUGAAAAUUAUAAGACUAAUGAAAAAGAUGAAGCAGAUGUAUUUAAAUAUUUUGAUAUUACGGAAAAACAAAAUUACAUAACUUUUGAAUUUAAUAAUUAUAUUUUAGAACACCAAGCAUUAUUAAAUGAAAAACAUAAUCAACAAUUAGCACAGGAUGGCAAUAUGAAAGAUACUCCCAGUUAUUGUUAUGAACCUAAUGAGAAAUUGACAGAUGAACAAAUGGAAGAAAUUUUGAAAAAACAUUUUCCUGAAAAUACAGAGGACGCAGAAAAUAAUAAUAUGGAAGUGCAAAAUGGUAUAUCCUAUGGUGAAAAUAAUAUGUCAGAUGAUAAGACGGAUGUAUUACAUGAUGAUACGAAAGAAUUACAUGAUGAGACGGAAGAAUUACAUGAUGAGACGGAAGAAUUAUAUGAUGAGACGGAAGAAUUACAUGAUGAGACGGAAGAAUUACAUGAUGAGACAGAAGAAUUACAUGAUGAGACGGAAGAAUUACAUGAUGAGACGGAAGAAUUACAUGAUGAGACGGAAGAAUUACAUGAUGAGACGGAGGAAUUAUAUGAUGAGACGGAGGAAUUACAUGAUGAGACAGAAGAAUUACAUGAUGAGACGGAAGUAUUACAUGCUGAAACAGACGUAUUACAUGCUGAAACGGACGUAUUACAUGAUGCAAAUGAUGACAUUGAUUUAGAAGGUAACCUUAUAGAUGACGAUUUUUCAGAUGAUAACAUUUCAGAAGACGACGUCCCUAGAAGAAAAAAAGAAAAAAUUAAAGAAAACAAGGAAAUAGAAAAAUUAAAAUCGUGGUUCGAUAAUAUAGAUAAUAAAAAGUAUAAAUACAAUUUCGAAAAUAUUUAUUAUAAAACAUUAGAGGAAAAGAUGGAAGCAUUAUUAUAUAUUUUAAAGAAUGAGAAGACUAAAAAAAAGGUAAUUGUAUGUUCUGCUGAUGAAGAAAAGAAAUUAAUAAAAAUGAAAUGUCAAAUUGAAAAUGUGGAAUACGAUUAUAUGUUAAAUAAUUUAAAGAAUAUUAAACAUUUUAUAAACAAAGAAAAUAAUUAUCAUGAAGCAUGUUUUAUAUUUAUGAAAGAAAUUGAAAAUACUUUAGAGUUAAGAAAAAUAUGUACAAAUUUGUCAGAACAAGAUAAUAUGAAUAAUAAGGAAAAUAAGAAUAAUAAGGAUCAUAAGAAUAAUCAGAAUGACAAAAAUACUAUGAACCGUGAUAAUAUGACCUUUUAUCAUUUUUCUGAAAAUGUUCCUAAAUCUAUUGUAUACAAAAAGCUUUUUUAUUCUAUUACAAAUAAUGAAGACAGUUAUUUAUUUUAUUUAAAGUCUAAAAAUAAAAAUGUUAAAAAGGAAGAUGAUAGAAAAAAAGGAACAAAAUGUAAUACAAAAUAUCCGAAAUCGAAUGGUAACAAUAAUAAUAUAUUUGUACCUUAUCAUAAAAGAAUAAAGAAAAAAAAAUUAACAAAAAAUGAAGAGAAAUGGUUAGAUUUUAGAAGAAGGACGUUAAAAAAAAUUGAUGAAAUGAAAAAAAAAGCUGAAUUAUUGAAAAAGAAAAAAGCACAAAAAAGGGAUAACAAAAUUAAAAAAAUUGUAGCAAAGUUGAAAGCCAAAAACAAAAAAAUAUUAAAAAAGUAA